UUGGUUAAUGAGACGUUGAACUUGGUACCCUCACACGCCACCAACCCCCUCUCAUUCUUGUUUCGCAACGCACAGAAAAGAAUUCUUCAAUCACUCAUUUCUUAAUCAACUUCACAACUAUCACAAGCAAAAAUAUUCAAACUCACAUUCAGAUUCAACACUUAUAUGGAAGGAUUGGUGAGUUAUGGGAUCAACCCAAUUCGUGUAACUGCCACUACAAAAAACCGAUCUCGUUUUCUUUUUGCAUCACACCCGAAUCUGAGAAAGGAUGCGUUUGGAUAUCGUAUUGGGAUGCUGAACAAGAGGAAGCAGUUUUCGCCUUUGACAAUGGCUUCUGCUGCUUCUGUUGGAAAUUCUCAAGUUGGUCAUUUCGAGAAUACACUUCCUUCCAAAGAAAUUCUGGAUCUAUGGAAGAAUGGUGAUGCAGUGUGCUUUGAUGUGGAUAGUACUGUGUGUUUGGAUGAAGGAAUUGACGAACUUGCCGAAUUCUGUGGGGCUGGAAAGGCUGUUGCAGAAUGGACUGCUAGAGCAAUGGGUGGUUCUGUUCCUUUUGAGGAAGCCUUGGCUGCUAGAUUAUCUUUGUUCAAUCCUUCUUUGUCUCAACUUCAGAAUUUUCUUCACCAAAGGCCACCAAAGCUUUCCCCUGGCAUUGAAGAGUUAAUCCAGAAGCUAAAGGCUAAUCACAAACAUGUUUAUCUGAUCUCAGGGGGCUUUCGGCAAAUGAUCAAUCCUGUUGCAUCAAUACUUGGGAUUCCGCAAGAGAACAUUUUUGCCAAUCAACUACUUUUUGGAAGCUCCGGACAGUUUCUGGGAUUUGAUGAAAAUGAGCCUACUUCAAGGAGUGGAGGAAAAGCCACUGCAGUCCAACAAAUCAAGAAGGAUUAUGGAUACAAGGCAUUAACUAUGAUCGGAGAUGGUGCAACUGAUUUUGAGGCUCGAAGACCAGGUGGUGCCGACUUGUUCAUUUGCUAUGCUGGUGUUCAACUUCGAGAAGCCGUUGCUGCAAAAGCUGAUUGGCUAGUUUUCAAUUUUCAAGAUCUCAUAAAUUUGUUGGGGUAGCUUUUUUCCUUUUUUAUUCUUUUUUUCGAGCCGGCAUGAUAGGUUUCCUAUUUUUUUUUUGUAAGUUACCCUUCUAUAAUAUCAAGAGAAUCAUAAAAGUGUGAGAAAACAAACACCGUAAAUAAACAUUUGUUUUGUCCAUUUUUUCUUUACUAAACUAGUAAAGCUUCUUUGCUCUACCCUUGGGGAAAAAAUGGCAGGAAAUAAAAAUGUGAAAUUCUGCCACGUGUCAUUUGAGAAGAACUUAGAUAGAUGUCAUAAAUUUUUUCAUUUAGUAGAUCAGAUUUAUUCUUCCAUUGUUUUUCUUUCCUUUUUUUAUCUUUGGGUUUUAUUUGCGCAGAUGCCCUUGCACUGCAUUUGUAUGUUUCAAUGCACUUCAAUAAUACAUAACUGAAGUUUAUGUUGCAGGAAA